UGGUGUUCGGUGGCCCAUGUGUGGGCCUAGGAAUCAGGAAGGUGGAGCCUUGUGGCUUUGGGGAAGCCACAAAACCCUCUUUGCUCAACUUCCCCAGUGUAGGAAAAGGAGACUUCACUUGUCCACGUAUCUUGGCAGGCUGCAGUGAUGAUUGAGGACAGCUUUGGAAAACAACCUGGCUGUAUUUUGUAAUUAAUCAGUGACAACAAAAAAUAAAAUAAAAUAAAAACAAUAAAAUAAAAACAAUAACAUAAAAACAAUAAAAAAUUAAAUUAAAUUAAAAUAAAAUAAAAUAAUUUCAAAAGAAAAAGAAAACAAUUAGAUUUCUUCCAACAGAAAUGCUUUCCAAGAAUCAAGGUGUAUAUUUAUAGCAACAACAAUUUAAAGGCACUGGCACUUUCUGUGCAAACCACUCAGGUGACAAGCCUGUUUUCCGUCUGUCUGCGCCCGCACAGUCGUGCAGGCUGCAGAGAUCUGCGCUGCCGUGGGUCAGGCUCGCUGCCCCGGCCCCCCGCUCCCUGCGGGUCCCUCCCCCUGCAGUCCAUCGGGACUCGCAGGGCGCACGCCUCUCGCUCCUGGGAACUACAAUUCCCGGCAGGCCGCGGGGAGCGCGGGCGGGGGCGGCGCGCGAGCGCACUGUCGUGUCCAGCAUGGCUACGGUGCUGUCCCGGGCGCUGAAGCUGCCGGAUCAUGACCAUACAAUGAUCAUCUAUUCUUCACUAAGAGGUCACAUUCUUCUACUGCAAUAGUUCCCUGUGGGAAAAUAGCAUUUGGCAAAAAAAUGGGAGAUUUUCAAAGUAAUGAAGUGCAAUUUAGAGACCUGCUGCCCUUGAAAGCCAGAAAGAAGAGCCCAGACCUAGGGGAAUAUGAUCCCCUCACUCAGGCUGACAGUGAUGAAAGUGAAGAUGACCUUGUACUCAACAUCCAGAAGAAUGGGGGAGUCAAGAAUGGGAAGAGCCCUCCAGAAGAGAUACAGGACCCUGAUUCUGAUGUGGAGGUUGGGAUGACAAAGCAGCACACAUCAGAGAGCGUGCCCGAGGGUUAUCCUGCAGAGACGGCUGGGAGUUUGGAGCAGAAGGCUGCUCCCUCCCUCAUGCCAUACCUGCGCACUGCGAUCUUCUUGCUCACUGUGGUGAUCUCAAUGAUACUUGUGCUGGUGUGCGCAUUUCUAAUUCCCUGUCCCCCUAGAGACUUGCAUAACACCUGGAACCGCAACCUAGGUCAGGGAGCAGGUGGUGUGUUAUCCCCACUGGAACUGUGUGAUGUGAACGGUGAUGACCUUCCUGACAUCCUCAUUGUCUUCACUGCCUUGAUGAAUGCCAGUGUCAUGGGUGUCUCUAGACCCUCCGUAACUGUGGUGGCACUUUCUGGCAUGAAUGGCAGCACCUUGUGGUCCAUCCAGCUUCCAGAGGAGACACAAAGUGUGCAGUGCAAUGAGCUAUCACUGGGGGCAGCUGCAGGGCCUGUCUGCCUUGUCACAGGAACAUCGAAAUUCCUUAGCCUUCUCAGUGCCUCCACAGGCAAGACCAUAUGGACACUGAACUCCAUUCACCUUUCAAGUGGGAUACUGGCUGCACCAGCUGCAACUCUUCCAGAUGUAGAUGGAGAUGGGAUUAGGGAUAUUGUUGUUCUGGUUCUCCAAGAGACACAGCCUGAUAUGUUUUUCAUCUUGGUAUCGGGAAAGACUGGAACUGCUUUGGGUGGGCCUGUCAAGUACAGCACCAAUGGAGAAGGGAAAGUGAUAGGCCCCCAAGUCCAUAUCACCAGCUGGGGAGCCAUCUACAUCCUGUUUGGUUUUGGUAAUGUUCAAGCAGUUGCCCUGAGGGAUAUCUUUACCCAAGCCAGAAACCGGGACAACUUUCCUGCACUGCUGCAACAGGAGGAGCCAGAGUGGGAAAAGCGCAGAUCUGUCAACCUGUCAGAGCUCAUUGACAUUUACAGUGGGGGUGUUGACUUUCUGCAGACAGUGAAGACACCUGACUCAAACUGCAGCAACCUGCUCAUCACAACCAAAGAGAGCUUGGUCCUGCUGAGGGGACAGGACCUGGAGCGGCACUGGACCCUGGAGCUGCAGAAUAUCAGCAGCCAGCCUGUACCAGGUUACUUUGGUGCUGACCAAACUCUGGACUUCAUGCUUCAAGCACAGACUGGAGAUGGGAACAAAAAGGUAAUGGUGAUAGAUGGCAAAUCCGGCCUCCCUGUUUGGAACCAGGAACUUCCGUGGCACAGGCAACAACUUGAUCCACUCUCAGUCAUGACUUUGGACAAGAAGUCUGUUUUUCUCUUCUGGGCUGAUGAAACACAGCCUGUGUUACAAAGUUUGCAGCAACCUGGUCCAAGACCUGAGCGCCCAGGGCUGCACCACCUCUAUCUCCUCCAUCCUAUUUUUCCUACAGUCCUUUUGGACCUCACCAAUGCAACAGACAAAGUCAUUGCUUCAGCAGUUGGAAUUAAUGAUCUUCAAAAGGAUGCAUUUCACAUCACUGUGACAACAACUGCAACCUCUGAAAAACAGCCAGGUUUUCUCUCAGUCAGCAAGCUGGGCCUGAAGUGGGCCAUGAUGAGUCAAGGUCGAAUGGUGUGGUUAAAGGACAGUAGCACUCCAAAAAUCAGCCGUGGAGAAGUGAGGCGAUUUCUUGCCCGGAUGAAAUUUGCUGACUUUCCUCAGAAGCUCUAGCCUGAUGGUUCCUCAGAUGUUGGUUGGACCUGUGGCCUGUAUGGGGAGUAUAGGAAGCUACUAUGUAUAUCUUCAGGAAAUCAGCUAUAUAGAUGGAAUGGGGGCUAAAGCACUUUCCCUUUCUUCAGCUAUCUGGGGAAUGCUGUUGGAGGAAGGUUUGUCCUAGGCAGACCUGUUCUGUACCCAAGAAACCUUGUUCAGCAACUCCCCUUCCAUAUGCUGUUCUCACAUGCUUCCUUCCAGGUAACACAGAAAUGUGAAUUUAGAGUUUAUAUACAUAUAUAUAUGGAAUCAGGCUUUAUAUAUAUAUAUGUGUUAAUUUAUACAAUAUAUGUAUAUUUUUUGUAUGUUUAAUUUAUGAACGAGACUUAGGACCUUUUUGUGUCCGAACAGUGUUUCCAAGCAGUCUGACAAGCUCUAUGCCUAAAGCGGGCCAUGACGAGUCAAGGCAAGUGUGUGGCUAAAGGACACCUUUAAUCUUUUUAUUUUUGAAGAGAAGCCUCUGACUCCUGCAGGGUUAGUCUUACAACUUCUCCUGUGCUCUCAGCUCUCUUGUCCAUGCUGUUGCUAGACACACAAACUAGUUCUCUGGCUGAAUUACCUGAUCUAGAGAAAGAUGGGAGAAAGAUGGGAGAAAGAUGGGAGAAAGAUGGUCUCCACAGCAUUUGCCAGCCCCUUGCACUUUUGUCUUUCUUUCCCAGUUCCAAGUUCAGGACACCGAGUUCAGGCAUAUGUGGGUGAUGUAGAAGUGAAAGGUUCACAGCUUAUUUCUCUCUAUCCUUAAGGUUUGUAUGAACCCAAAUUGUCACUGUAACAUCAACAUCAUGUCACUGUAUGAACCCAACUGUCACAGUAAAUGUCAGUCAAUCUUGUUCCAGAAAAGCUGAUUCUUACACUGCUGCUCCAGGGUUUAGAGGUUCAGAGACAGAACAAGAAAGCUUUUAUGUGAAUUUUAACCCUAUUGUGAGCUCAGUAUUGCCAUUCCUUGGCCAGCCCAGCCCUGUGUGCAGCUCCAUGAGGAACGAGGACACAUUUGCUCACAGCAUGUUAGGUGUUUUGAACUGCGUCCCAGAGUGCGCCAUCACUCUCUGUUGCAUUUGAAGAGCAUCUGUAUGAAUUUUCUUGUAGUAGAAAAGACCAUAUAAAAGGAAACCACUUUGAUGCCCCAGUGGUUCCCCACAGUUUACGGCAACAAUAUAUGAACUGCUUUCCUAGUAUGCCAUUCUAACUCUGGCCUUUGACAUUAAGCAGAGCCAGGCUGAGAUGAGGAUUGCAAAGGACUCUUCUGCCUAGCAUGUGCCCUUCCAGCUUCCCCACAUUUCCCCAUGAGUUGUGAGGUGACAGCAGACUUUGACCCUCCUUCCAGAUGGGCACAUUAGCCAUGGAUUUGCUCUCCUGGGCCCCUGACAUCUCUCUUUGCUGGACCACCCUCUCCAUCAUCCCAUAUCUCUAUAUAAAGCUUCCAGGAUAGCCCUUCAGGUUUAGCUGCAAGCCCCAAGGCUGGUCCUUGUGCCCUGAUCUCCUAAUGUCAGAGCCUGUGAACAGUUUGUAUAUGUUUAAUGUUAUUUUGGUGUAAAUAGCUUUGUAUAUAUUAGCAUAACUGUAGCAAUGGCUCUAGGCCUGGAAUUUUCCUCCAGACAGGGUUUAGUGUUCAAAAUGUGUAGUCAGUUAAUACAGCUGCAUAAUAGGACUGAAGGUAUGAUGACCAGUAACAUAUGAGGGAUUAAACAGGAGUGCCCCUUCCCUCCUGUCCAGCCACCACCUUGCUGGGAAAGGUGAAUCAGCUGUUACCUAAGUAGUUUCUCUUCUGAGAUUCUUCCUGAGAGAACUGAUAUUCAAGAGCAGUGAUGUUAUCUCCUCCUUAAUGUGAAUUCACCCUGCCCACGCUUUCCCCAUCCCCACUGUGAAUAAAGAGUCUGUCUGUAUAUUGUUGGAAAAAUGUAUUUGAACUGCAAUGAAACAAAAUAAAUACUGUGGA